AUGUUGCCCAUGAAUGCUCCACAGAAGGCUCCUCCUCCACGAAUGCCCGUGGAUCCCCGCAAAAUGAUUGUUGACCAGAUUAUCAGAGACUGCUAUUCCAAGAUCAUUGUCAGCGAGGGACGCAAUGUGCCCGAGAUUCGGUACAACACUCACCUUAACAUCAGAGAGUACUCUCUGUUUCCACAACUGCCACCUCCUUCUGACAUUCCACCCAGUCAGGUUGGCGCCAUCAAGAACAGAAUUCUCGUUGUGGCUACCAAAAGCUCUGGAAGGGUGCUCCUUCAGAAGGGAAAAUACAAUGACGUCAAACACAUAUACCAGAUCGGCAGAACGUGGGAUUUGGACGAGCUCCAGGCAAUCACCCGGACUGGCCCCGAUUCGCCCGAGCGCAUGAUGAAGUUUGUCCACCACUUGUCCCUGAUAUAUGCCAAGUUCACCGGCAGAUACCCAGUUUUGACAGGGUUGACCUUGCAAGAGUUGGGCCUUCCGCCAGUCGGACAGCCUCAAGGCUCCACGGAGAGCCCCAGCUUGUCUAAUCCCGCUCUCCAACAGCAGCCCAUUGCAAGGCUGGCUGAUACUGCUGCGAACACUUCAAACCAGAGUUUCGAUCCAAACUCACUUUACAAGGGUCUUGAUUUUACUGCCAAUGGCAAGUUGCCCACCAAGCCGAUGGUUGUAAUGGACGUGGAUCGGCCCAGCCUGAAGACUAGCUUGGUGGAUUCGAGCUCCGUCUUCACGAACGAUACCGCGGUCAAAACUGAAAAGAGUGUCCGCUCGUCGCAUCCAUACUCCCAGUUCUCACAGCUGCAGCUGGGAGAAGUCGCAAACGAUCCUAAUGACACUGCUGAUUCUCAUAGCUUUGUCUUCGGCCCCAGCGAGGAUAAGUCUAAGGCGGAUGAGCUGGCACAAAUGCCUUCGAUUUCGGAGUAUGCUCGUGAUAAUGGUGGCGCAUCCUCGCCAUUGAGAAACUAUAAGCCUGAGCGCCAAAGUGAAGGCAAGAGAGAUGCUACAGAACCCAUUGAACAGUCUGCUGCAUUCGGCAAUGAGCUCAAGGAGCAACUUGAAGGAAACGAAACCCAGGAAUCUCUCAACUUCCAAUUCAAGAUACCUACGGAGUCAGCCAGAGCUGUCACUCCUCCACCUGCUGACGACGGCAUUGAGGAAGUUUAUGAAGAGGUCACCCCAGAGCAACCUCGCAAAUACCGCAUGGCCUCUAUUCCUGGUGGAUUCCCACAAGAUGAGGCUCCACGUGAAGUGAGCGAAGAGCCUGAAGCUUCUCAGGUAAUUUCAGAAUCAACCCAACUCGAGGAUAAUGGCAUCAACAGCUCUAUCAGAGAGAUUGAGGAUUUCAUGGAAAGUCAGCUUACCUCCAGCACAACCAGGAAGGAUUCCAUAAAACCUCCACAAAAGCUACAGGUUCAUGAGGACAACGAAAGCGACGUUUCCUUCGAUGAUCUGGCAUUAAACUCCAUAAAGAGUCCUAUUUUGGAUGGUUCUGAGACGCCGUCAACGGAAUUAUCCCAGAAGGGAGACAAACUUGUGUUGGAUCCAGAGAUCGAUGAUAUGUUGGAUGAAGUCGGAUAUGACGUUCUUGAUGACUGUGAUACGUUUGUUAAGAAGCUCAACACUGAGCUCAACCAAAUAAAGAGAAGAAAUAUCAGUGAGUUGACCUCGCUUGAUUUCGGUAAGGAUUCGCUCUCCAAUGAAGUUGAGAAUGCUGCAGGUGAGGUUGACAACCUCAUUGGCAUAUUUAAGAAGAUGGAGGUCAGCUUCGAUCUUCUUGCGCCACGAAUUAACCAUUUGGAGAAUAAUUCCCAGGGUCUUCAGGUUAAGUCUAUCAACAAGAAAAUUUUGUUUAAUGAUUUGAGUGAGAUUUUGAACAAGGUAAGAGUGAACCCCGCUGAUUUGCAGCUCAUUCAAAGUUACCGUGAUUUUGAGAACCUUCACUCUAUUCCAUCAUUGGAGAAGAAGUUGGGAGUGCUUUACGAAGCUUUGGGUGCCAUUGGUAGUAAUAGCGCUGGUGAUGAUUUGAGCUCGAUGCAAGCUCUUAAGCAGUAUCAGGAGAAAUACCAGAUUACCUCAACUUCAUUUGUUCGAAAUUUCAGAGAAUUUUUGGACCAGGAAUUCAUUGUUACCGUCAAUGGGUUGACCAAGGAUAUUCCUAAUCUAUUCCCAAGAAAUUUGCUUGUGUCUCUCAAGGUCUUCUUGGCUUAUACUGGUUUCACUGACUUCGUGAAGUGCAUUUCGGAGAAGGAUAUGCGUCUUAUCAUCGAUAAUUCAAAUGGUUACUUGGCAAACUUCUUGGAUAGAUAUCUUAGCGAGAGAUUGAAGCAUGUUCAGGCUGCCGUUAACGAGGGUCUUUCAAAGAGACUCUCUGGUAACGUGGAUACCGUUUCUGCUUUACGCAAAACCAAGCUGUCGAGAUUCGGCUCACAAAGACUUAUACAUCGUCUUGCAGGUCAUUCUGAAGAUAACGACAAGAAGAAAGGCUCCUCGCAAACCAUCCAGUCUAACUCCAAGGCGCUUGCUGAUCCAAAGAUUAUCAUGCGCAUGGUCAACGAGACUCAAGAGUUGAUUCUUGUCAUUCAAUUCUUCAUUGGAACAUUCUUCCAUCAUAACUCUGUUGAAGAGUAUACUGAAUACGUCAAGAACAACUCCUUUAAAGACAGAAUUGAGUCCUUCGACAACCCCAAUCUCGAUCUGAUCAACUAUAAAACGAGUUCAAAUGACUUGCUCCGGUCCAUGACAAGUAUUUUUGGUAAUUAUAUUUCCAAGCUUAUCAAGAGGCUUACACCAAAGGAGAUGAUCUUGCCACAGUUGCUCAUCGAAUUGACCCGCAUGAUCACUACGAGUGGAGAGAAGGACCAAGACUUUGUCUGUUUCAGUUUCUUGACAAAGAUUGCCGAGAGAUAUAGGAAUAUGUGGAAGAGAUUUAUCGCUGCUCAAGUCGACUUGUUGAACAAGUCAGAUGUUCGUGCAAGGGUUGGCAUUUUACCGGCUAUGAAGAACUUCAAUGAAAUCGUCUUCUCCACUGAGCUGUCUUUACAAGAAGCCGGCGGCCAUAGAGAUAACGCUGCGACUAUUGAAGUUGAGGAAUUGGUGAGAGAGUCUUACAGUGAGCUUACUUCAGCGGCGGUUGAAUUGUUUGCAAGAGACGAUCCUCUCCUUAAAUCUAACGCCCAUGAUGAAAAAGAGAGAGCACAUCGCAAUGUCUCUAUCCUCCGAAACAUUUUCUACAUUACACUGCAAUUGGGUGACUUGAGAUCGCAGAAUACUCAGCAAAUGAAGAAGGAGCUAGAUGGCGUCUUCGGAACAACUCAGCGUCAAUACUUUGAUUACCUUCUUCACAAGAGCAUUGGUAAGAUUCUUGACUACAAUCAAGCUGUUGAGAACAGAGAUGGAAGCACAAAACAUAAGAAGGAUGACAAGAUCGUUAUCAAGUCCAUCAUCUCCAGUUACACCUCUAAGGAAUUGCAACAAAAAAUUGCCGACAUGCACCGCAAAAUCGAGAAGCACUUCGUCACCAACGAGGACAUGUUCGAGCAAGAGUUGGUUAAGAAAUUGUGGACUGAUAUGGAGUACGAGUUCAUCACUGUGUUCCAGAAGUUUGACAGAGCUAUCAAACAAGUUGACCGCGAUUUUGAGUUCAACAUUACUACAACAGAACUCCGUCGUCUCUUUGCAUCCGUUUAG